GGGGCUGGGACCAGAGCGCCGCCGCUGCCUCUGCCGCACGAGCAGCGCUGCUCUGCAGAGCCGGACCGGGAGCGGGGCCCGGGCCGGGAGCGGGGGGUCGCGGCCCUCGCUCGACCUUCUCCCACCAUGAGCCAGGGAAGUCCUGGGGCCUGGGCCCCCCUCGAUCCCACCUCUGGGUCCUCUGCGUCCCCAAAUCCGUUCGUGCAUGAGUUACACCUCUCCGGCCUCCAGAGGGUUAAGUUCUGCCUCCUGGGGGUACUGCUGGCCCCAAUCCGAGUACUUCUAGCUUUUAUUGUCCUCUUUCUCCUCUGGCCCUUCGCGUGGCUCCAAGUAGCAGGUCUCACUGAAGAGCAGCUUCAGGAACCAAUUACAGGAUGGAGGAAGACUGUAUGCCACAACGGGGUUCUUGGUCUGAGCCGCCUGCUAUUUUUCCUGCUUGGCUUCCUUCGGAUCCGUGUUCGGGGUCAAAGGGCCUCUCGCCUCGAAGCCCCUGUCCUGGUUGCUGCCCCCCACUCAACUUUCUUUGACCCAAUUGUCCUGCUACCCUGUGACCUGCCCAAGGUUGUGUCUCGAGCUGAGAAUCUUUCUGUGCCUGUCAUUGGAGCACUCCUUCGAUUUAAUCAAGCCAUCCUAGUCUCCCGGCAUGACCCCGCCUCUCGGCGCAGAGUGGUUGAGGAGGUCAGAAGGCGGGCUACCUCAGGAGGCAAGUGGCCUCAGGUACUAUUUUUUCCUGAAGGCACCUGUUCCAACAAGAAGGCUCUGCUGAAGUUCAAACCAGGAGCCUUCAUCGCAGGGGUGCCCGUGCAGCCCGUCCUCAUCCGAUACCCCAACAGUCUGGACACCACCAGCUGGGCAUGGAGGGGCCCCGGCGUACUCAAAGUUCUCUGGCUCACCGCCUCUCAGCCCUGCAGCAUCGUGGAUGUAGAGUUCCUCCCUGUCUAUCAGCCCAGCCCGGAGGAGAGUAAGGACCCCACCCUUUAUGCCAACAACGUCCAGAGAGUCAUGGCACAGGCCCUGGGCAUUCCAGCCACUGAAUGUGAGUUUGUAGGGAGCUUGCCUGUGAUUGUGGUGGGCCAGCUGAAGGUAGCGUUGGAACCACAGCUCUGGGAGCUGGGAAAGGUGCUACAGAAGGCUGGGCUGUCCCCUGGCUUUGUGGACAUGGGGGCAGAGCCAGGCCGGAGUCGAAUGAUCAGCCAAGAGGCCUUUGCCCAACAGUUACAGCUCUCGGAUCCUCAGACAGUGGCUGGUGCCUUCAGCUACUUCCAGCAGGAUGCCAAGGGUUUGGUUGACUUCCGAAACGUGGCCCUAGCGCUAGCGGCCCUGGACGGGGGCAGGAGCCUGGAGGAGCUGACUCGCCUGGCCUUUGAGCUCUUUGCUGAAGAGCAGGCAGAAGGAUCUGACCGUCUGCUGUACAAAGACGGCUUCAGCACCAUCCUGCACCUGUUGCUGGGUUCACCCCGCCCCGCUGCCACGACUUUGCAUGCCGAGCUGUGCCAGCCUGGAUGCAGCCAGGGCCUCUCCCUCUGUCAGUUCCAGAACUUCUCCCUCCAUGACCCUCUGUACGGCAAGCUUUUCAGCGCCUACCUACGCCCCCCACACAAGCCUCGAAGCACCUCCCAGAUACCAAAUGCCUCAUCCCCCAGCAGCCCCACUGCCCUGGCCAACGGGACUGUGCAGGCCCCCAAGCAGAAGGGUGACUGAGCGCCUCAGCCUCCCACUCUUUCCUCAGCUCAAACCCAGCCCUGCUCUCAGGACGGCGUCAGAGGCCUACCCUAUGCCUCAACCCCACCUCUGCUCCUGUUUGAUUUUUUUUUUUUGGUUAUCUUUUUUUUUUUUUUCAUUUUUUGUUUGGUGGGGUCUUUUUGUAAAAGACUAUUUUAUAUAUAAAUAUAAAUAUAUAUCUAAUAAAAAAAAAGCCUGAAGCUUG